AUGAAGAUCUUGAAAACAAAAUAUCUAAACGCGGCUGAACUUCUUCGUUUUAGUUCUGGAUUUGGAUGGGAUUCAACCACAAAAAGGUUUACAGCUUCAAAAGAAGUUUGGGCUGAAUAUCUAAAGGCACAUCCAAAGUUCAAAAAGUUUCGUGAUGAAACAUUUGAAGAAUUUGAUGAUCUCAAAAUUAUAUUUGACAAGAAUAUAGCAACGGGUACGAAUGCUAUUGGUUUAGGUGAGACUACUGAUGCACAAACAGUUAGAGUUGCAGAAACAGAAAAGGAGCAAGCAAAUUGUGCUCCUUUCCGCAACAGAAAAGGUGAUAUAUCUCAAAAUGUAUUGGCUGCAUGUAAUUUUGAUCUUGAAUUCAUAUACGUACUUAGUGGAUGGGAAGGUUCAGCUCAUGAUUCAAAGAUAUUAAAUGAUGUUUUAAGAAAAUUUUAUCUAGUUGACUGCGGUUUUGCAAAUCGUCGGAACUUCUUAGCUCCAUAUCGAGGUGUUCGAUACCAUCUACAAGAGUUUUCUGGUCAGGAUUCUACUCCUCAGAAUGAUAAAGAGUUGUUUAAUCAUCGUCAUGCUUCCUUGAGGAAUGUUAUCGAGAGAAUUUUUGGUAUAUUCAAAUCUCGGUUUCUAAUUUUUAAAUCUGCACCCCCUUUUCCUUACAAGACACAAACAGAGAUCGUACUUGCGUGUGUUGGGUUACAUAAUUUUCUUCGGAAGUUCUGUAGAACAUAUAAUUUUCCUGAAGAAAAAGACUCUGAGGAUGUAGAAGAUGUUGAAGAAGUUAAUAACAAUGAUGAAGAAAUUCUUGUAACUCAAGAUCAGCAAAGAGAACAUGCCAAUCAAGUGAGAGCCACAAUAGCAACAGAUAUGUGGAGAGAUUUUAUAAACGUAUGAUAUAUGAAUGUGUUUUACUUUUUAUAUAAUUUGUUUUAUUAUAAAGCUGAAUUUAUUGCAAAGCCAUUUGAUUGAUUUUAAUAAUCCAUUUAUUUUGAUUCUGAAUUCCGUAUGUUUGAUUUUAAAAUCUAUAUGUCUGAUUUAAGAAUCAACGGAUUUCUUAAAUCCUAGAAAAAUUCUCAAAUCCAUUACACCAACCGCAACGGUGAGUCUGGUAUGGCUCGAUUUCCUAUGUGAUUUUUUAUUUUUUUUAUUAGUUUUUUUCUUUUUUCUUCUAAUUAAAAAAAAAAAUUAAAAAAAAUAAACUAAUUGUGGGCCGCCAUGUAUCGUGGGGCCCGCGACACAGUAACAAUACUCCACUUGGAUCAAUCCUUAGGUUCGGACUUUUCGAUCUCGAUCCGGCACAGAAACCAACAAAAUCAAUAUUUUAAUUUUUUUUUUUUA